AUGGCGAGCUUACGCGGCCCGCCGGCCGCGGCGAUACCUCCUCCUCCUCCGAGAGGCGGGCGUGUUCAUGCGAUGACGAGAGAGGAUGCGCAGCCGUUUUCCGCGGUCAACGGCCUUCUAUCUGCAUUUAGUGGUCUCUUAAACCUCACCAUUAGAUAUGUGCACAAAAAGUUCACGCAGCAGUAUAAGGUCACCAUUGGCGCUGAUUUUGUCACCAAGGAAAUUCUUGUUGAUGACAGACUCGUUACCUUGCAGAUUUGGGAUACUGCAGGAGAAGAAAGAUUCCAGAGUCUUGGUGUUGCAUUCUAUAGAGGAGUUGACUGCUGCAUCUUGGUCUAUGAUGUUAAUGUCCGAAGAUCAUUUGACACUCUUGAUAAUUGGCAUGAUGAAUUUCUUAAUCAGGUCCAAAGUAUUAUCUCUUUGGCUUUCUAG